AAGAGAGUUGGUUUCAAGAAGGACCCUUCGGGGGAAAAAAAACAAAGCUUCUUUUGCAGGUAGAAAGAGAGAAAAAAGAGAAGGAAAAUAAAAAAAACAAAGCAUUAUACUUUUUGUAUAUAAAAUCAUUUUCUUUUAGGGUAAUUUCUUUUGGUGGGAAGAAAUGGAGUUCGAGGAACAAGAAGAAGAGAUGGGUUUGGCACCAAGUUAUAACUCCCUAGUAAACUCAACCGCAGUCAAAAUGUCAGCUGCUGAACCGGGUUCAAUAACUCCAACCGGUCAGCAACAGCAGCAACAGAGGAAGCGAAGUUAUAGAGAGUGUUUGAAGAACCACGCGGUGGGUAUCGGCGGUCACGCCGUCGACGGUUGCGGUGAGUUCAUGCCGGCUGGAACUGAAGGUACACUCGACGCUCUCAAAUGCGCAGCUUGUAACUGCCACCGUAACUUCCAUCGUAAGGAAACGGAACCGGGUUCUCCAAACACCUUCCCCUCGACGGACCUCUACUUCCACCAGCCACCGCAAUUCACGCCUUACUUUAGAGCACCGACGGGUUACCUCCACGUGGCGGGACAGCAAAGGCUAUUAGCUUUGCCCUCGACGUCGGGAGGUGGAGGAGGACACAGCAGGGAGGAUCAAGAGGAUGUUUCGAAUCAAGGGAGUUCAAGGAAGAGGUUUAGAACAAAGUUCACACAUGAUCAAAAGGAGAAGAUGUUGGAGUUGGCUGAGAGGAUAGGGUGGCGGAUUCAGAAACAUGAUGAACCGCUCGUUCAACAGUUCUGCAAUGAAAAUGGUGUAAAAAGGCAAGUCUUCAAAGUUUGGAUGCAUAAUAACAAGCACACACUUGGUAAGAAACCCUAGAAACAUGUUCUUCAUGGAGCAGAAAAAGCUAAAAAAAGGGAUAAAGAGUUAGCUGGCUAAGUUCAUAUGUCGGGGUUUAGUUAGAUUUUUUAGGGUUCCUUUGGGGAGGGGGGUAAUUAGCAUUUGGCUCUUUGAAAGUGAUUAUGAUGUUGGGGAUGGAUUAUUGUUAGUUAAUAGUUUUAUCAACUUGGGUUCUUGUCUUCUAGAUUAGAUUAUCAAUUAAUGUAAUGGGUACUCAACUUUUAAUUUUGGUUGUAAUAUAUUUCUUUCUGUUUCGUUAAAAACUCUAUAUAUUUUAUUGUGAAAA